AUGGCUGAAGUCAAUCAGUCGUCGUUGAGCAAGCCUGCCAUGAUCUCCCGCUCCACACAGACAAUGCCAACAGCAAAGCGCGCUCCAGUCGACAUGUUCUCCAAGCUCACACCCGAGCUGCGCUGCCGCAUCUACAGCAACCUCGAGAUGAAGCGCCCCGCGCACAUCCACAUGAUCGCCUUCCAGUUUGCCGACACGCAGCGCUGGAAGUACCUCUUCGAGGGCUUCGUACGAGGCAGAAACAUACCCGCAGGCUAUCCAUUGCCCGACCUGCGCGGUGAGGAGGUCCACCUCAACAACGGCCACUUCGCACUGCAGUGCUAUCGCGCACUCUGUCUGAUCAAUAAGACCUGCUUCGCCGAGGUACGCCCGCUGUUCUUGGGCGUUCUGCGGUGGAGCAUUGAGAUUCAGCGCCACCGUGUCUUCUGGCGCAACAAGGACUAUGGCUGUUGUUUCUUCGAAUCCGAUCUCGUAUUAGACGAGUUCCCAAUCUGUCGCCGGCUGAUGCCUUCGUGCAUCAUGGACCAAAUGCGCAACGUGCAAAUUACCAUCAAGCCGCACGAGUACGCCUAUGCGCUGGACCACGAGAAGAGUGAUUGGAUAGAAGCUCUCACCUACGCCAUUGAGGACUCUGGCCACCGCAUCCUUGUCAAGGACGAUAAGGUCUGCGUCCUUUCGUCAUGGCAAGCAAUGACCAACGAGCCCGACAAGUUGAGAGGCGAUGAGGCGUUGAUGAGAGAUUGUGUGGUCUCUUACAUGAAGUCGAGGACAGAGGUGGCUGCAAUGAUCAUGAACGACGAAGUGGAGUAUGAGGCUGCAGUUUGGAAUCACGAGUCUUCGGACAAGAUCGUUUCUGCAGUCAGUCCCAUCCUUGAUGACGAUGAUGAGAAGGCUCUUCGGACUGAGUUGGACCAAAAGAAGGGAGGCUGGAAGAAUCAGCAGACACGUAAAGGCGACUUUGCUGAUUACGACUACGUCUUUGACAGCGACUGA